UGUGCAGGAAGUGGUAACAUGGGGCGAUGAGAUACACAUGAAAGUCAUUCUACCGGCAAAACCAGUGGCGAGACGAAAUUGACAAAAGUUCCGUAUUUAUCCUCCUGUUGUUAGUUUGUUACAGUAGAAAGUUAUAGUUCUAUGUUAGGUUUGAUUCGGAAUGUGUAUUGCUAUCAUACAACAGCCACUAGUCAGUAAAGCUGAAGGGCUGGCUAGUAGUAACCGUAACGUUACAGUAAUUUGUAGUUACAUCAGAAUAGGGCUUGGCAAUCUUACCCCAACAUUGUCAUCAUGAUACGAACAGGAGUGCAGAAGAUGGCCAGGGGACUGUGCCAAAUAAUGGGACGUGAAAUCUCAAAGGGAAAUUUCAACACCAACAUCGGACAACAAAUGACUCCAAGAGGGACUCUCCAGCUUCCCUGGUCCUCUAUCAACAGUGUCCGAACCAUGGCGGUGCUGCCCUGGCCUUUCUCUUUCCAGCCACGGGACUUCAGCCUGCCCAACUCGUCCUGGGGCUCAGACAUGAGGCGUCUGUAUGAGCACUAUAACAGCCAGUGUGAGGUAGAGACAGAUGACGGAGAGAAGAAGUGGGGGGUCUGGAGAAGACUGCCCAGCUAUAACCGCUCCCUCAAGUACACCACAGGUGGGGUGUAUCUGAGUAAGAUCAUUCAGUCGAAGGCGCGUCUGUUCACGCGGAACAUCAGGGAGCAGGGUGCAGCGUUCGAGUACGUCGUGUUUGUCAACAAGCAGGAGCAGAAGUGUGUGUGUGUGUUCCAGGCUGGCCACCUACUGGAGGGACCCCCGGGGCACGUCCAUGGGGGGGCAAUAGCUACCAUGAUUGACACUGUAACAGGGACCCAUGCCACCUACCUCUCUGGGCCUGUCAUGACUGCCAACCUCAACAUCAACUACCGCAGCCCCAUCCCAUUGGGUAGUACAGUGCUGCUCACCUGCUCAUUGGAUAAGAAGGAGGGACGGAAAACCUUUGUUUCCUGUCAAGUGACCAACACGGACAGCUCCAAACUACACACAGAGGCCACAGGGCUGUUUCUGUCAAUCACAAUGGGACACCUAUUAGGAGGAUGAUGGAUUGGCCAGCUCAUCGACCAACCUGACGCUACAAACACACAACAUCAGAAACAGCACUGACUUCCUAGGGGGUGUGUUUGUCUGCACACAAAUGUUUGGGUGUAUAUCAGUACCUUAGUGUGUGUGUGUGUGUGUGUGUGUGUGUGUGUGUGUGUGUGUGUGUGUGUGUGUGUGUGUGGUUAUGACUGUCAGAUUCAGUAAUCUUCUUAACUCUAGCAGUUUGCCUGAGACACCUGAUGCCUUGCGCUCCACUGACAUAGCCUACAGAUACUGUAUAUCAUAGACACAACCAGUUGUUGAUAUUGUACCUCUCUUUCUCCACUGUUACACACUCCUGGACCACCAGCUCCAGUCAGAGUGAAGGACAUAACCUCUGGUAUAUUAUAUUUAGGUUGAGGCUGUGGAUACAACUUUUCUGAACCCUUCUUCCCGACAGCUAAAGGUCCCGACACUUCUGCAUGUGCAGGAUUCUCUACUUUUACGCACCUUCCUUCACAUUUCUCAGUCAAUUGUGAAUGAUAAUCUUCAUGUUUUACCUGUGAAACGUCCAUGCAGCAUCUGCAUACCUGUGUCUAGUUUCAAUCAUAGCACAUAUUCUGCCUAGUGGCACGUGCUGUUGAGUUUUGGCCACAUGAGAGAAAAAUGUGCCCGUUCGCACAAUCAUCCUAAAAACUCAUAAGAAAUGAGGUGGUGUUUUGUCUUACAGUAAUUUUAUACUACGCUAUUACAGUGCCUUGCGAAAGUAUUCGGCCCCCUUGAACUUUUCGACCUUUUUGCCACAUUUCAGGCUUCAAACAUAAAGAUAUAAAACUGUAAUUUUUUGUGAAGAAUCAACAACAAGUGGGACACAAUCAUGAAGUGGAACGAAAUUUAUUGGAUAUUUCAAACUUUUUUAACAAAUAAAAAACUGAAAAAUUG